AUGCCACAUCUAGAGGUGGCGAGAUUCAUUCAUUGGGUGCAUCUCACCAAUCUGACACCGAAUACAACCUAUUAUUUCUCGUGUGGAUCCGAUGCCCACGGAUGGAGCGAUGAGAGAAGAUUCAAAACACAAUCGAACGAUCCAAAUGCCAGCUAUACAUUUGUGGUUGGUGGCGAUGUCGAUACUACAGAGGUAGCAGAAUCCAUCUCGAAAAUCGCUGCUCAACAAUCGCCGAUGUUUGCUCUGGUCGGUGGUGACUUGGCGUAUGACCGUGCACAGUACAGCUGCUAUCGUAUCGUUGAUAAAUGGCUGGACACCUGGCAAAAGGUUAUGGUGACACCGGAAGGUAACUCGAUUCCUAUUGUCAGCGCCGUCGGAAACCACGAAGUAAUCGGUGACUAUCAAGCAUCGAGAGAUCGUAUUCCAUUCUACCUUCGUUAUUUCCCACAGAUGUCAAAGGAAAAUGACCCUGGACAAGAUGUCGAUAGUCGUCCUUCCUAUGGAGCACUGACAAUCGGUGGACCAAAUGGAACUGUUAUAAUGCGUUUAGACAGUGGACACAUAGCCGAUGCCACUCUUUCUAAACAAGCCGAUUACAUGUCAAACGCUUUCGAUAAUCAAUUCAAAAAUUCACUCUACAGAUUCGCACUCUAUCACGUACCUGCCUAUCCAACUAUCAGAGCAUACACAACCAAAUACAGUGCUGACAUUCGUGAAAAGUUUGUACCAGUCUUUGAUAAAUAUAAAUUCCAAAUUUCAUUUGAAAAUCAUGAUCAUGCAUAUAAAAGAUCACUUCCAUUGUAUGCAGAUGAAAUUGCUAGUACACCAACCGAUGGUAAGAUCAAUGGAACUGUAUAUAUGGGUGAUGGUAAUUGGGGUGUUUCUAGUAGAACUCUUCCAUCUUCAAGAUGGUAUCAAGCUUUCACUGCUAAAGAUAAUUAUAUAUUAAGAGUGGAUAUUACACCAAAAGAAAUCACAUAUAAAGCACUUAAUGUAGAAAACAAUAUGUUGACAAGAUCAAACAGAGUUUUCCAACCAAUUUUCAGAUAUUACUCAAGCGGUAGAUGGUCAAAGGUACAAAAGGGACCAGAAGACCCAAUCUUGGGUGUCAGUGUUGCUUUCAACAAGGAUACAUCGCCAUCAAAGAUCAAUCUUGGUGUCGGUGCCUACCGUGAUGAGAACGGUAAGCCAUUCGUUUUGGACUGCGUAAAAAAGGCCGACAAGAAGAUCUUUGAAGCCGGUGUCGACCACGAGUACGCACCAAUCGCAGGUGUUGCAUCGUUCAACCAAUUGUCCGCCCAAUUGGCACUCGGUGAAGACUCUGCUCCAUUGAAGGAGAAGCGUGUCGUCACUGUCCAAGCGAUCUCUGGUACUGGUGCCCUCCGUAUCGCCGCUGAAUUCAUCGCUCGUUUCCUCCCAGGUGCCACCGCCUACGUUCCAAACCCAACCUGGGGUAACCACAAUGUGAUUUUCGCCGACAGCGGUGUUCCAGUCAAGUCCUACACCUACUACAACCCAUCGAACUGUGGAUUGAACUUUGAAGGAAUGUUCAAGGAUAUCCAAGCCGCACCAAACGGAUCCGUCAUUUUGUUGCACGCCUGCGCUCACAACCCAACCGGUGUCGACCCAUCGUUGGAACAAUGGCAAAAGCUCUCCACUCUCUGCAAGGAGAAGCAACAUUUCGUACUCUUUGAUUUCGCCUACCAAGGUUUCGCCUCUGGUUCACCGGAGAAGGAUGCCGAGCCAAUCAGAUUAUUCGUAAAGGACGGUCACGAGAUUGGACUUUGCCAAUCGUUCGCCAAGAAUUUCGGUCUCUACGGAGAGCGUAUCGGUGCCUUCUCAUUGAUUGCCGCCACCGCCGAGGAAGCCUCCAACAUCGAGUCGCAAUUGAAGAUUUUGAUUCGUCCAAUGUACUCGAAUCCACCAGUAUACGGUGCCCGUUUGGUAUCAACCAUCCUUUCAAACAAGGAUUUGACCAGCGAGUGGCGUUCCGAAGUCAAGUUGAUGGCUGAUCGUAUCAUCAACAUGAGAGAACAAUUGGUUAAAUACUUGAAGCAACACGGUUCCACUCGUAACUGGGACCAUAUCACCAACCAAAUCGGUAUGUUCUGUUACACCGGUCUCACCCCAGAGCAAGUCGACCGUUUAGCCUCUGAAUUCCACAUCUAUUUGACCAGAAACGGUCGUAUCUCCAUCGCCGGUAUUAACUCACGUAACGUCGAAUAUUUGGCUAAAGCUAUGCACAAGGUUACCUCUGAAUCAAAGUAA